AUGAUCGAUCAUGAUCCAACUUGCGACUUUAAUAUUGACGAAGAAAUCGAACAUGCACGUUUAAAAAACAAACAAAGAUUAGAAUAUCGUAAGAUUUACAAACAGCAGCGUCAACAACAAUCAAACAACAUUGGCGUUUUCCUAACAACUGACAGCAAUAAAUCUGAUCAAGAAGAAGAGGUCAAGAACAAAGAUGGUAAUCGACAAAAAACAGUGACAUCAACAAAGAAGCCUUUAUUAGAACAUCAAUAUUUGAAUACAUUGGAUAAUGAUCUAUUUUUAACUACAAUGAAUGACAAUAAUAUUUAUUAUAAAACAUCAGACGAAGCAGAAGAAAGUCAAACAGCUCAACAUGAAAAAGAAGAAGAAUACGAUAUUGAUUUAGAUUUUUUUAUUACGGAUUCAUUUGAUUCACAUGAUUCGAGUGGUACUGAAGAUGACCAAAAAGAUCAACAAGAUAAUAACAUUAAUCACUCUGAAUUAGAUAAAAACAAUAAACCAUUACAUUAUUACACAAAUCAAACAACGAAUAAUGUUUGUGUGCAAUUGUUACAGCUAAUACGUGACUCCCACGUUAGUAAACAGAAAUCGCAACAUUUUAUGUCGUUUAUUAAUAAAAUUUUACCACAACCAAAUGAAAUGCCACCUACAAUAGAAAAAUUAUUACUAAAGCUGAAUAUAAUAAAUUAUUUUUAUAAAAGAACCGUGUGUAUAUUAUGUAAAAAACAAUUGAUGGAUACACAAAAUAAAUGUACAUCAUGUCCAACAGCUGAACCACAUCACCUGGCUCACAUUUAUGAUACCGACUUUCAUGCAUUGCUAUCGUUAAUUUUAAGACGGCUAUCAAAGCAAAUUAAAGCAUAUAAACAAGAAAUAUCAAAACCAAAUCAAAAUCAUCAGAAGAAUUAUGAUAUUCCAUUUGGCUCUAUAUAUCAAGAUUUAUUACAACAACGUAAACAUCAAAAUCUGUUAAGUUUUAUUAUUCAUAUUGAUGGUGUUGGUUUAGUUAAAAGUACAAAAUUAAAAAUGUGGUUAUGCAGCGCAUCUAUCGUCGAACUACCGCCCAAAAUUAGAACACGAAGGCAUAAUAUGCCACUGUUAUCAAUAUACAUUGGCCAUACUGAUCCAGAUCCAGAGUUGUGGCUUAGUCAAUGUUUUACAAUGCUAAAGCAAAGGAAAGAAGAAGCUUUUCAAGUUCAUCUACACAAUCAAUCAACGUUAACAUUUAACAUCAUUAUUUACGGGGUAAUAGGAGAUUGUCCUGCACUGAAAAUUAUAUUGAAUAUGGUAGCGCACAUUGGCUAUUUUUGUUGCUUUUAUUGUAAAUUAAGAGGAAUUCAUAACAAAGAUGCACACAAACGUCAAUAUCCUUACCAAGAGCCAACAGUUCAACGAACAACUCAGUCAUUUGCUGCUGAUUCAAAAUUAGCUAAAGAAACUAGAAGGAAUAUUUAUGGCCAUCUUGGUACAACUAUACUAGAAAAUAUUAUUGAUAUACCAUUGCCAGAUUCAAUAUUAUGCGAUUAUGCUCAUGUGACUUUAUUGCGCCAUUUUCGUGAUGUAGUUAAAAUAAUAUCAGAAUCGUUAUCACCAACAAUUCGUAAAACAAUCGAUCGUAAUUUACGUGCUCAACAUUUUCCCCAUUUUUUUAAUAGAAAAAUGCGUGGCGUUGAAAACUUUUCCCAUAUUAAAGCAUCAGAAUUAAAACAUUUGUUGUUAUACGGAUUCAUACCACAUUUUUUUGGUUUCUUAACAACUGAUCAAUCUGCAUUUAUUAGUUUAUUGAUUUGUGGGAUACGACUGUUACAUUUUGGGAAAGUAUAUGGUCCAGAUACAAGUCAAAUAGCACAUAAUUUAUUAUUAAUAUAUUAUUCACAACAUUCCAUAUAUUUUAAACAUCAAAUCAAUUUUGUACUGCAUCUACAUGCUCAUUACUCUCAAAUUUAUGAUCGUCACGGUUCUCUAUCAUCUAUCAACACUUUCGCUCAAAAAGACCUCGUCGGAUAUGUAUCAAAAAACAGAAACGGAUCAAGAUAUUUUGGUGAUUUGAUCACUCAUUACUAUAAUAUAGAUGUUUUCUUAAAAAGUUCUGUUGAAGAUCAGUCGAUUAAACAUGAUGGACCAUUUGAUCAACUAUUAUCAUAUGCCAAUGAUCUUAUGUACAACGAAAUAUUUCGGUAUCAUGAACAACAUUGUAAAUGUAAUGAUUUUAGUGAAUGUGUUAGAGUUUAUAAACGGUGUAUUAUCAAUGAGCAUGUUUUUCAUUCAUUAUCUUAUAAACAACGAAAAACAACAAAUAGUUACUUUGUACAGUAUUAUCAACGCGGUAGUCGAGCUUUUCUAUUUGGUGAAAUUCUUAUUUUUAUUACAAUACAUAAUCAACCAUUUGCAUUAGUUAAAAUAUUUGAAAUUAGUUAUUUAUUUAGUGAUUAUUUUAUAAAUUGUAAAUAUUAUAAAUCAAUUCGUACUCCUCUGGAUGAUUUUUAUUUUGUUGUUAAACCAAAAAGUGUUAAUAUUUUUGUACCUAUUGAACAAAUUAUUCAACAUUAUAAAGAUCAAAUGGCUUCAAAUCAACAAAAUAUUAAUGGCAAACGUAUUCGAAGGCAACAACAAAGAUAUACUCCUACUGAAACAACGACGACAACAACAACUCUAAGCCGUCAACCAAAACGUUCAGUUGGUAGUACGGUAACGAAAAGAGACCUGCAUGUACUUAGAAGUGAUUUGCCAUCAACAUCAUCGGAUUUAUUGUAUCAUGGACAACAGCGUUCAAUUAUACCAUCAAAUAGUCAUCCAUUUACUUCAUACAAAAGAGCAAGUAAAACUACUAGUCAACAACGUAGCGGUGGUCGUGGCAGUUAUUCAAGCAUUAGUAAUCGAUCAGUUUUACGUGAAUCAACAAAUUUUGAGGAUGAUGAUGAAGAUGAAAUUGAUUAUUAUAUUGAUCAUCGCAAACGAACACAUUUAUCUCAACAACAACAAAGUAUCGAUAAUGGUGAUGAUUAUGAUGAACCUGAAGAAGAAGAAGAUGAAGUGCGAAGUCGUAUGGAAAUCGAAAAUUCAUCAAUAGCCGAUCAACAUUACAAUCAUUCAAAACAAGAAGAAGGAGAUGAUGAGAAUGAAGGAGUUUUGGAAGAUGAUGUACGUUCAAGAGCAGGUGAUUUUCCAGCUGCAAAUGAACAACAAGAAAGAAGAGAUAAUCGGCGACGAAAAACAACAACAGCUGCCAACAAUGAUGAGACAAAUCAAAUUGAAUUAUUACGGAAUGAUAUUGCAAGUGUAUCAACGAAAUUAAGUACCGAAUUAAAACAACAUAUGCAAAAUUUUGAUAAAAAAUUUAUUCGAUUAUCGAAAGCAUAUGAAAAAUUGAUGCCAAAUCAAUUGCAGCAAUAUCAAGGAUCACCAACAGAUACAUUUCCAGCAAUAGUAGAUUUCAAUGGUGAAAAUCUUUUAGACGAAUAUGCUAAAGAUCCAAAACAAUAUGCAAGAAUUUUGCUGAAAAAGUUAUUUACAAUCAAUGAACUAGGAAAUUCUGUAUUAUUACCAAAUGAUCGUUAUAGCAGAAAAGCAUUAGAUUUGGAUAAAAUGAAAGUAUUUAAAGGCAGGUGAAGAAAUCUAAGGCUGGGCAACAUCAACAUCGGGGUUGCAGUUAACACUGAAGUUUAGAGUUUUUUUUUACCGAAGAUGUAGUCAAGCUGGAACUGGAACUUGAAGAGUUGCAGUUGGCAUUUUAAAGGAGAACAAGUAGAGCAUAGAAAUCAUAAAUACAAAAAACAAGAAUAAAACCAAAAGAGAGCCAUAUUAAUGUUCGAAUCAAACUGUGCAGCAGUAUCUUUUCUCGCCACGCACUUUACGAAAUUUUUUGCAUGAAAUUCGGAAAAAUCCUUUUUUCUCGUGCUGACACAAACUUUGUUGUAGUUGAAGUUCAGUCAAUAAAACAACCUAUCUUACUUUGAGAGUAAAAGCAGCACACGAACUUCUCUUAUAUUUGCUAAGUAUUCUGCAGAAACCGGCUUUGAAAAUCCAGAUUUUGAAAAAAUCAGUCGAUUUUGACCAGUUUAUUUACAUUUUCCAGCCGACAACAGACUGGUCAAUUCACAAAAAAGACAGUCGUUUUCAACUCUGAGCAUCACUACAAACCAGAUGCGUAUUUUUUCCUUUGAUAAAAACUCUUAUUAUCUGCAAAAAAAGAGAGAACGAAUGGAGUUGGUGUUGAAUUUGAGAAAAAAAGAGUUGUAGUUGAGCUAGAGUUGACCCUACCCACUCAGAAUUUCCAAUCUUCUUAGUGUAACGAGUUUUAAAGCUAUAAUGGAAUAGUCGUUCGUAGAAAGUCUGCUGAAAUCGUCAACAAGAAAUUUGCUUUCUUGAAUUUGUAGACGUAAUACUGUUUAGAAUUCUUCCCUUCCCUGCUUAGAAAGCUUAGCGCCAGUUCAGUUACUCUCACUAAUUAGACGAUGUUUCUCUAUUCUCUGCCGGUGUUGAUUUUAUUUCUAAAACUUAAGAUAAACAGCCAAGAGAAAAAUCUUAGAGAGUAUUGAAUAUGAAACC